AGCCCGCGCCAGCAGAGGCGAGGACGCCGACCAUCGUGAAGAAACGCUUCUCUUUCGCCUCAGCUCAGGGGCGCCAUGGCAGACCCCGGCCAGCCGGGCAGCGGGAAGCGCAAAGGCAAGGCGCAAUACGUGCAGGCCAAGCGGGCUCGGCGCUGCGAUGGCGGCGGUCCCCGGCAGCUGGAGCCCGGGUUACAGGGCAUCCUGAUCACCUGCAACAUGAACGAGCGCAAGUGCGUGGAGGAGGCCUAUAGCCUGCUCAACGAGUACGGCGACGACAUGUACGGGCCUGAAAAGUUUACAGACAAGGAUCCACAGCCCUCUGGAAGUGAGGGAGAAGAUGAUGAUGUGGAGGCUGCCCUGAAGAAAGAAGUUGGCAACAUUAAGGCAUCUACGGAGAUGAGGCUAAGAAGAUUCCAGUCAGUGGAAAGUGGAGCAAAUAACGUAGUGUUCAUCAGGACACUUGGGAUAGAACCUGAGAGAUUAGUUCAUCACAUUCUCCAGGAUAUGUACAAAACCAGGAAGAAGAAGACCCGAGUCAUUUUGCGAAUGUUACCCAUCGCAGGCACGUGCAAGGCUUUCUUGGAGGAUAUGAAAAAAUAUGCAGAAACAUUCUUGGAACCCUGGUUUAAAGCUCCAAACAAAGGGACAUUUCAAAUUGUGUACAAAUCUCGAAAUAAUAGUCAUGUAAAUAGAGAAGAAGUUAUAAAAGAAUUGGCAGGAAUAGUGGGCAGCCUCAAUUCGGAAAAUAAAGUAGAUCUCACCAACCCACAGUACACAGUGGUAGUAGAAAUCAUCAAAGCUGUCUGUUGCCUGAGUGUUGUGAAAGAUUACAUGUUAUUCAGAAAGUACAACCUCCAGGAGGUGGUGAAGAGUCCUAAGGACCCAUCACAACUUCACCCAAAGCAAGGAAAUGGGAAAGAAGCAAAGUUGGAAUCUGAUGACAAAUUAAAUCAGAGUGACCCAGCAGAAGGGAGAAAUAACCAACAGGAGGCACCAGACAGUAGUGAAGAGAAAACAAAACCCAUGACAGAGACUCAGGUGGUACACGAGGGAGAAACCAAACCUGAACCUUCAAGUCAAGUCACAGGUGGAUCUGAGUCAAAUGCACCUGAUGUCUCAUAGGAGGUAACUGGGUGUUACAGGUGGGUUUUUCAAUAUUAGUUCCAUGUAAAAUUGUGGCUAAAAAUGUUUCUGACCUUUGCGUGCCACAUUAUGCUCUUAAAAGUAUGAUUUCUCAUGUGGGCAGCCCUGUUAACAUUUCUGUUAAAGAUCUUUCAGUCUUAUAUGGCAAUGUGUUAGGGUCCACAUGCUACUGUAAGAAGGGUACCUGUUAAUAUUAGGAGGAUGACUUGGCCUCUCCCUCAUGAUGACCUUCCCAGCCUCCCCUUUGGCACUGCCAACUGACCCAGGAGAGGGCAUAAGCUCUCUGAAGUGACAAGAAUCUUUGGGAAAUUUUCGUUGUAAAGAAGGAAUUUUUAAUGUCCCACAACUCAGCUAUCUUCGACCACUGUGUUGUAAAUGUUGCAAAAACAGAUUGUGUAGGUUAGAAGUGAAUUACUUGGUAAUGUUUUUGUAUUUUGUAUGGGUUUUUCUUGUUACUAUGUCUAUUUUUGUAUAUUAACAUUUGUUUGUAACAAACAAAUUCAACAGUUCAUUGCUGCAAUUUUUGAAGGCAAGAUGUGAGGUAGAAGAGGACCGUGCCAGGGACAGCACUGCUGACUGACAAGGUUAGUGAUGAGAGUUAGUCUUUGAGUUACUUUAUUAUACUACUGAGGACACAAGGAAAUUCAGUCUUUACAAUGAAAGCUACUUCUCCAGGGUUUUGUAUGGAAUCAUAAUCCAAGUUGUCAUAUGCCAUCGUGCUUUGUCUGUGGCAUGAAACUUAGAAAUCUAGUAACUGUCCCAUCAAUUAAAAAUUACAGCCAUUUGACAAGUAAGGAUGUUGGUUAUUUUAAUGCAUUUUGGAAUAUCAAAAGUGUAAAGCUUUUGUUCAAAAACUCUUAAAGGUUUAGGAAUCAAAUUAUUUGGUAACAGUACUUAUUCCAAAGAAGAAAAUUUACAUGGGCGGUGAGACUAGUAAUACUAACCUGAAAACACCAAGAUAAGACACAGGACAAGAAAUUGAAGACUUUGCUCUUAGUUUAUUGGGUUGACUUACUGAUGAUUUGUCACACGAUGCUAAAGGUUUUGUUUUGAUAACUAGAAAGCCACAUCUUCUCUAUGAUCCCUCAACAGGUUCAAUGAGUAUUUGCCGUGCUGUAACAUUUGCAAGAUUUGUAAAUGAUGAUGAAAUUAAAAAGUUUUUAAGGGCUUUUUCUUCUGCUAGAAGUCACCCUAAACAAAGGCCAGUUAUACUUCAUGGUGUAGCUCAUCUGAAAACCAAGGGUCUGUCAUCUAUCCUGGUGCCCCAUCAAUGAUUGGCUUCAUGGCAACUUUUGCCUUCAUUUUAAAACAAGAAAUUCUGACACAGACAUUAUAGCUAUCUUUUUUUUUUUUUUUUAACAGAGAUGCUGGUAUCAAAAACACUGCUUUUAUUUUUAACAGAUGCUGAUAUCAAAAACUUGGAGAUGAAAUAAAGUUCUGAAAAUGUUAGAGAAAUGGUUAACUCAAUUAAAGACCCAUUUAUGUAACAAUGUUUUUAAAAAAACCCAAAGCCCAAACAUAAAUCUGCUCCAUUGAGAAAUCUAGUGAUCUACCAGAGGAGGGCUUCUUGCAGGGUGUUGCGUUGAAAGCUAAACUGCAAGAGUACUUGGAAGAAAACAGUAAAACAGUAGGCUGAGCUUUGCUCAGUGCUUUGAAAAUAAGAAUGGCUGUGGAAACUAGCCAGUGUAUCGGACACUUUCAUCAGUGAAUGAAUGAGCAAGCUUGAGAGAAAGCUUUUUCUUAAAGUGACAAGAAUUUUAGAUCUGAAAGGAACCUGAGUCUAGAAAAGUCAUGUCAGCAGUCGCCAAGGGGACUCUUGAAGGUUUCUGUAGCAGCUAGGGCUUGAAAAUGAAAAAUACAUUAAGCCUCAAACCCACCUGGGAAAACGACAUAGCCAAACUAAACAGCGUAGCCUCUCAUUCCCCAACAUGAGCGAAUGAGGAACUCCCGUAAGUCUUCUGCUCAGCCUGAGACUGUCUCUGAAGGAAGAGAAAGGACUCAGCCCUUUAAGAAGUUAGGCAGCAGGUAUAAAUGUUAAGGCUUCUUGCACAAGUGACUGUUAAUUCAAAGGCUAAUGAACAUGGGACUGCCUCUGUCCUAGCUAAUGGUCCUGUUAGGUAAACCAGACUAGAAGAGUUUGGGAGGAGCAGAGAGAACAGGUAACACCUUGCUAAUGCAGAUGGGGAAGGACCUUCUUUAAAAAUCUCCAGAUAUUUAGAAUGUUAACUCUUGAAGAGGUUGCAGUCUCCUUGAAAUGCUAGUAAGAGUUACUCGUAUCAUUUGCAAGAACAGGGAAGAUAGGGUUUUGGUGCCUUUGUCAGUGGCCUUGCUCCUGGUUCCAAGACACAGAUACUUUUUAUUUUGAUAGUGAAAGACAAAAAGACUCUGGGAAUAAAAUUUGCUGUAUGCCUGCAUAACAUACAGUUCUGUGGAACUUGGUUCCUUUACUUUGUGAAGCUGCUAGUACACAGAAUGAUUUUCACUUUAUUGUUUGUUUUUAAUUGCCUUUUGUAUUUAUUUAUAUUUGGUAAAACCUGAGUGUGACACAAGCUGUUCUUCCCCAGCAAUAGAACGUUGCAUUCUGUUGGAGUGUGAAUUUAUUCACUGAAAGAUUGUUCUUGGCUUUGUCAACUGUUUCUUUUCACUGACAUCUCAGUGUAUUACUUUAUAUUAUAAAUUACUAGAUUCCAGGGUAGGAAGUGAGUGCUUUUUUCUGGUUGUUGUUCAGUUUUUUAUUUUAAAAAAUGAAAAGUUAACGAAACAAAAUGUUUUGGUUUAGUAUACUUGCGUUGUUCUAUGUAGGAAACAGUGUUAAACUUGGUCUUUUAAACAUGUUUUUUCAGGGCUAACCAUGAUUUUUACUUGUAUUUUGCCUUUGGUAUGGCCAAAUAUUCAGCUUGUUUUUCAUAACUGCUGGUAUUUUUAGAAAAAUCAAAAUAAAUCUGUUCCUUAAA